CUCUUGUCCUUCAAGGAGGACAUACGAAGAAGAGGGCUUAUCCUCCAGUAUAUAAUCCUGCACAGCGGGACAGCCUUUCAAAGAAAUACCAAAGCGGAACCAUGAAUCGCAAGCUGCUGGUUCUUGCUCUCUUCGCUGUGUACUUAGCAUCAUCCAGCUUAUCAGCUGUCAUAAAAGGAAAAGCUGAUGCUAGAGAGAAGAGAGCGAUUCCCAACUGGAGCAUGUCUGCCUCUGAUUUCUACGGCUGGGUGGAAGAACUUCGCAGAUUGGGUGCUUAUGAUAAAACUGAUGAAAUGGCCAGAAUUUACUGGGCUCACUUCCCAAUUGCUUCCCAGCUGGGUUAUGAUGUACCUGAUGCUGAAGAAGAAUCUUAGAGACGUUAACUCCUUAACUUUAAUUACCUCAACCUAAUGAGGUAAUCUGGCAUAUUAUUUCCUAACAUUCUUUUUUUUUAAUAAACACUACCGUGUAAGCGGAACUUAUUACACAUUCAAAA